GAGACGGGCGGCGUAUCCCGGUGAUCAUUGAAAGCCCUGCUCAGAGGAAUUAGAGCAAGAACACAGAGACUAAACAAAUGGAAAAAAUCACUCAUCUGGAAGCUCUGAUGUUUAGUGCUGUGCUGGAGAACUGUGUGGAUCAACUUGCAGUUCUUGGGUAUAUCAUGCCAGUUCCUCACAAGGACAAGAAUAAAAUAAAAGAAAUGAUCCAGGAGGAGCUGGAUAUUAAUUCCCCAGACCUUAUGUCAGCAAAGCAAGAGAGUGGGGAAGCAGUUACCUCCACGGCUCUGGAAAACACCGAACAGAAUCAGCAGCAGGAAAAAACUGAAGAUCAGAAAAGCACCCAGGAUUCUUCCAAAAGCUCCAAGAAACGCACCACUCGGGCUGCAAAGAAGCUAAAAAAAAUUUAUGCUGACAGGCAGUAUGCAAGUGAUGUAAUUACAGUCACUAUUAAAAAUAUGGAGGAAUUGGGAGCAUUUAGUAGCCUAACAGAUGCUAAUGAGAGAGAGAAGGCAAAAAAGAACAAGUUUUAUGACAUCCUCAUCAGGGAGGAAAAAGGAAAGAAGGAGAUAAAGGCACUCCAGAAACAGCUGCAAGAUGUCAAGAAACAAACUGAUAAAGACCUUCAGAACAGAGAUGAGGCCAUUGAUCGCCUCAAAGAUAAGCUUCAAGAGAACACGGCCAAAUGGAACACAGAGAGCUACUACAUGAAGAGAAACACAGAUCUUCAGAUCCAUCUAACCCAGAGAAAGUGCAGCAAUGCAGAGAUUGCCCUGGAGAAGGAAAUCCAGAAUUUGAAGAGCAAAACUGAUGAGGAAAUUCAACUCCACACUGAAACUGAAAAUUUCCUCACGCAACAAUAUCAAAAGGUGAAAGAGAAGCUGGAAUACUGGAUAGAGAAGUAUAAUAAAGACACUGCUGCAAAAGAUGAAGAAAUGGAUGAUCUAAAAGCAUUAAAGGCAGAGAACUUGGAAACGAUGCAGAGAUUUGCCAAAGAGUGCCUGACAUUCCAGGCAACCAUCAUCAUUGACCGGACAGACAAGGAGACCAAGAAAAAACAAAUAGAGCAAGAAGCCCUGGAGCAGAAGAGUGCCCUGAAGGUGCAGGCCUGGUGGAAAGGUACAAUGGUGCGCAGAUUCCUUGGCCCCUACCAGGAGCUCGAGAAGUAUUUGAAGGGACAGUUAGCAGAGAAAGAAGCAGGCAAGGAAAAAUCUGGAGCAAAGAGAUAAAUAAAGAAAGUGGCCAUAGAUGUACUCCAGGACUGUUGCUGGCCAGGGCACUAUGGUAUGUCCGACAGGACAAAAUAAACCAUGUAACCGAACUUGGGCAAUUCUGGAGAACACAGUUCCUGCAGACACAGUUGUGGUGAAGCUGCCCUUGCACAGCCUUUUUCCCAGCAGAAAGGGGAUUUGCCUCAAAGAAGUGAGAAACAGUACAUCCCCUGCAAAGCGCUUUAUGGAAACAAGACAGUGAGAGGCUGCUACCAGCCCAGUAACUCACCAGCAUGGGAUGCUCUGCACCCAGAAUCUCCUC